UUUUCAGAAGGGUUCCACCGCGUGUCUAAUUGGAGAGCUGACUAUAAAAAGCAGCUCAACUCAACUGCCCCUCACCAUUUGCUUUUUUUGGAGUAGAGAAAUAUAAAUAAAAUCAUUAUCUUCUUCUUUUUCUUCAUCAUCAUCGUCUUCGUCUUCGUCUUAGCACUCUCUCUAUCUGCUUAAAGUUUUGUUCCUUCCUGCAAUCUCAACUUUCCGGAGCUCAUCAACCAUGUCCACGAGUAAGAAAGUGGUUCUGACAGUGGAAAUUUACGACAACAAAGAAAAGCAGAAGGCUUUGAAGGCAGUCUCCACCCUCCCAGGCAUAGAAUUCCUAGCCAUGGACCUGAAAGAGAAGAAGCUGUCGGUGAUCGGAAAUGUUGACGCAAUAACUGUGGUCAAAAAAUUGAGGAAGUUCCCGAACACAAAAAUUCUCACAGUGGACUCCGUCAAGGAGUCCGAUCCUCCGAAGAAGAAAGAAGGAGACGACAAAAAGGAUUCAGCAGGAGGAGGAGGGGACAAGAAAGCCACAGAGGUGGUCGACAAAAACAAAUUAGAAGAAGAAGAGAGGCUGAAGAAAGAAAGAGAGCAGCUUGCAGAGCUCUUCAACAGAAUGUCCAGAAAUUAUUACAACCCUAAUAAUUAUGACUACCCAAACAAUUACUACUACCAUCAACAGCAGCUGCUGCAGCACCGUUACCACCAGCAGCAACAGCAGGCUUAUUACACACAGUACCACUACAAUCAUAAUAAUCACAAUGGUAGUGAUUAUUACACUACUGGGGAGGAGACGAAGGAUCCUAAUUCAGGUUGUGUUAUUUCCUAAUUCAUAUAUAUAUGUAUUUGUGUGUCUGUACUGCACACUGUGUUUUUACUUAAUUAAUCUGCUGAAUGGGUUCCGGAAGAAGUAUAUAUGAAACCCUUUUAAUUUUGUGGAAUUUUGAUGUGGAUCGAGGAUUAUUAAUAUGAUAUAUAUAUAUAUAUAUAUAAU